UGCAUGUUUUAGUGUGUCAGACAUGACAAUUCACACCGUACGCGUAUAUUAAAAUGAUAACGCGUAUUAAAUAAAUAAUUCACGUAAAUUAUGACAUAAAAGUAAAUCAAACAUUUAUCGCUUGGACACUGGCUUGGAAAAUUAAAAAAUAUAUAGUGUCUUUAUUAAUUCUAAAUUCAAAAAUAUAAAAUAUAACCUAUACGGCAGCGGUAUUAGUUUUAAUUUUCGUGCUAAGAAAUCGAAGUAUACAGUCAUGGAUGGUCGGCGGGAAAAUGCAAGAAGUGCCCGGAAACAAAUUUUUACUGCUUUACUAGCUACAAUACCUACCUUCACGUAUGGCAUACAAAUCGGCUGGCUCUCGCCAAUGGGCCCCCUCCUAAAGUCUGCUGACACACCAGCUCUAGUACCAUUCACGGACAACGCCAUCUCGUGGAUGGCGGCGGCAUUACCACUGGCGGCCAUUUGUGGAAUACCCUUCUUCAGUUAUGCCUCAGAUAGAUUUGGAAGAAAAAUUUGUAUAAUUGGAGUUUCUUUCCUGUCUUGUAUAUCCUGGACCAUAAAGCUUACCUUAAUUACGCCAACUGCUCUGACCACCGCUAGAGUGAUAGCUGGGCUCGCUUCCAGCGGCUGUUUCGUGGUAGUCCCAGUUUAUGUGAAGGAAAUAUCGCAAGACUCGCUGAGGGGAGCGCUUGCGUCGCUGACUAUGACCGUGUGCAAGCUGGGAGUGAUAUUCGUGUACGCAGUUGGCAUGUCAGUGUCCUAUAAAGCCAAUCAAGCGAUUUAUUUAGCGAUUGCUGCAUGCCAUGUGAUAUUGUUUUGUUUUAUGCCUGAAUCACCUAAUUAUUUACUCAAGAUCGACAAUGAAGCGAAAGCUGCCAAAACAAUAUGCUGGUUGCGCAGCAUGAGUAGAACCAACAAGGUUGUCGUCGAAGAAUUAUCCAAAUUGAAAACUGAGCAAUGUAUUUACGAAGCCAUGCCCAGGGUGACUGUCAUGAGUGUUAUUAGAGAUAAAGCAACGUUUUCCGCGCUGCGAGUGACCCUGGUCCUGAUGGGGAUGCAGACCCUAUCUGGGUGUUUCGCCCUUAUGAACUAUGCAGCGGACGUGUUCCGGCGAGCAGGCACAGAGUGGAGCCCUAACACGCUAGCCCUUUUUAUGGGCUCCUUGCAACUAGCUGGAUCCUUUUUUACAACUAUGUCUAUUGAGAAAUUUGGAAGGAAGCUACCCCUAGCUUGUAGUUCACUAUUGGUGUCCAUCUGCAUGGCCACGCUGGCGACCUACUUCCUGCUUGGUAGCGAGUCAGUACGAUGGUUACCUGUUACGGCCGUCUGCGUCUGUAUCCUGGCAUACGGCGCUGGAUUAGCACCUGUCCCAAUGGUGGUUAUGGCAGAAGUAUUCACAUUCCAGAUGCGCGCACGCAUGGCGGGUGCUUCUAUGGCCUUCUCAUUCUUCUGUAGCUCCAUGACGGUUCUAUUUUACACCCCAGUGGCUAACCAGUUUGGGGAAUAUGUGGUGUUCUACACUUUUGCAACUGUAACUCUACUAGGCGUGUUUUACACGGUGUUCUGUGUGCCAGAAACGAAAGGCAAGAGUCUAGACGAGAUACAGAGUUAUUGGAAGAAGCCGGAAACUGUUUUUGUAUGACGAAUAUAUGACGUCCAUUGUCGCGGAAAAAGACAUUGUUUUUGUUAUGUAAUUGUGAGUUUGUUAAUGCCGUUAUGAGAGGAAGAGUAUGGUUAAUGUAGAAUUAUUUCUUUUAAUUUUAUUCACAUAUAAAUAUAUAUUUUCUACUUGUAAGAAGUGUAUCUUACGUGACUCAUCAGAAUUGGUAACAAAGCAAUAAAUAAAUAGAUAAGUACAUUUAAUGUAACAGGAUAUUUACCGUAAUUUAUUUUGUGAGCUCCAGAUAUUUCGAGGGUAUUACAAGUGAGGUAGAUGUAAACAAUUAUUACUGACAGAUCUACCUAUUCACCAUAUAUCAACACACUUUCUUAGUCUUUCUACGUAGUUAUUAUCACAAAAAUAUAUAGUCAAGAAAAUACACAUACAUAUUUAAAAAUCAAAGUCCCAAGUCACGUCCACACUGACGCGAUAAUCUAAUGAACAACUGAAUCGUUUUAUCAUGCGGUUUUUAUACAUCUUUUUUGUAUAAA